GAACCACUUAAACCCACGAGGGGAUGUCCGGCAUGAGGAUUCUACAGUUUCCUCUUCUGUCCAGAGCUGUGCUCUCAUUGAGGGCAGCACUGGUUGUCUGACCGGUCACAUUGCAACCAUGACGCCUAAACAUUGCUUUCUAGGCUUCCUCAUCAGUUUCCUCCUGACUGGUGUAGUGGAAACCCAGUCAGCCCAUGAAUCCCUGAUGCCUCAGCGAGUACAUUUUCAGUCUCGAAAUUUCCACAACAUUUUGCACUGGCAGCCUGGGAGGGCUUGUACCAGCAACAGCAGUAUCUAUUUCGUACAGUAUAAAAUGUAUGGACAGAGACAAUGGAAAAAUAAAGAGGACUGUUGGGGUAUUCUCGAAUCCUUUUGUGACCUUACCAAUGAAACAUCAGAUAUACAGGAACCUUACUAUGGAAGGGUGAGGACCAUCUCAGCUGGGAUCCGCUCAGGCUGGACCAUGACACAGCGCUUCACUCCCUGGUGGGAAACGAAAAUUGAUCCUCCAGUCAUGAAUAUAACUCAAGUUAAUGGAUCUUUGUUGGUGAUUCUUCAUGCUCCAGGUUUACCAUAUAGAGACCAAAAAGGAAAAAAUGUAUCAAUAGAAAAUUACUAUGAGCUAGUAUAUCGAGUCUUUAUAAUUAACAAUUCAAUAGGAAAGGAACAAAAGGUAUAUGAAGGAGCUCACAGAGUUGUUGAAAUUGGAGUUCUGGCACCUCACGCUGCUUACUGUGUAGUGGCUGAAAUGUACCAGCCCAUGCUAGACAAAAGAAGUCGGAGAAGUGAAGAGAAAUGUGUGGAACUUCCUUGAAGGGUUCUGGAGUGCUCCACAAUAUGGAAAUCAAAACUCUCUGAGAGCGGGACGGCUCAUGUUUGAAGGAUCUCACUGAAAGUUGUGCUUAUAUUUUCUUGAGGCGGUGUUCACCAUUAAUUACACCUUGGGGAACUCUUUGUUUACCCAUUCUUUCUUCCUUUACAUUUUACUGGUAAACUAAUUUAAGCAACAUGGCUCAAAAGAUUAGAAUUUAAAGAGGAGGCAAAGAAUAAAGUCCUCUCUGAAUGCGGAACUUUGUCUCUGAAUGUAACAUCCCAACCACAGCCUGCAUUGUUCUAAGACAGCUGAAUAAACAUUUAAGAGACAAGGUAAUAGCAGACAUUUAACAAAAGAGAGUUGGAUUGAUUUUUUUAAGAGAGUGCUACAGACAAAAGCAAUCUUGAAGCAAUCCUUUUUCACUCGCUAUUGAGACAGUUCACUUGACAUAGAUAUGCCAAUUUUUACAUAAAUGGAACUUUUACAUGAAUGCAUAUUUUCCAUGCAUUUCCUAUUUUAUAUGAAUGUACUUUUUCAUACAUUCAUUUUCUGUUACAAAAUAUUUCCACUUAAUGAGCCAAUAUUUUCUUUCAACUUCUAUUCUAUGUAAAUACAAAUAGCAUUUGAAAAAAAGACUUCUCAUGAUUUCUGGAUUAGUAUCUAGAUUAAUAUUGACAAUAACAUCUAAAUACCAAAGGAAUCCUAUGCAAUACAAUUUCCCUCAUUUAAUACAU